AUCUCCGACACCACUGUCGCAUGCUCACUGCUACCGCCGUAUCCUGUUUCCCCAUGCAUCACUGGUCUCUUGUGAAUCCUACAUCGCCGCCAUGGAGAAGAUCAAAGAACCCGCCCACCACACCAAGGUCAUCGUGAAGCUGCCACCGAAAUGGAUGAAUAUGUACAACGAAUUCAUCACGAAGAAUGCCGGCGCAGUCGGGCAGGUCGAAGGUGCAUUGCGAUCACUCACAUACAUCCUGCCCGGCCGCUUCAGAGAGUCCGAAAUCGCCUCCGAAUCACUUAACUCCGGCGUGCAACUCCUCUCCCUCUACCACGACUCCCUUCUAUCGCGCGCCUUGGCGCAAUCGCUCCAGCACCGGAAACAACAUCAGAGUCCACACAACAGAUACACGCGCUACUACUGCCAGAAGAGCCCGACCUACCGGCGAACGGCCGUCACGCUACAAGUGAUCCAAUACACCGAGCUUCUACUCGAAAUGAUGGCGAAGCGCAAAGGCGAGAAGACGCGCUGGCGCGUCAUAGUCAUGCUGGAAGCGAUCAAGGCCAUGUGCAGAUUGAUCCUCAUGCGUCUAACCAACUCCCGGCCCCUCCUCAGUCCGCCAUUACCUGAACGCGAAGCAGUGGAAGAACCCCAGCAGCCCGCCCACGACGAGCCCACCAUCAUACCCAGCCCGCCGUCCGAACGCUCAGAAGCCGGCAGCGAGCAAUGGACCAUGCCACGUACCUCCCUCACCCUUCCACCCCUGCCAACCUCCGACGACAUAUCCACCUACCUCCUGUCUAAAGUACUGACAGCCGACGACAUUAAGCCGCCGAAACAGCUCCUCCACCGCACUUCAGGGCUAGGAAGCACCGCCGAGAUCCUCUUCAUACUGCGACCCGUGAUUUACGCAGCGGCAAUGUCAUAUUACUGCCAACAGCCCUCCGGCCGGCGGAAAGCGGACUGGCGACCCUGGCUCCUCGGCAUCAGCCUGGAAUACGCCGCACACCAGCUAGCGAAACACGACAUGGAGACACGGCGACCAGGCGGCGCGAGAGGGCUGACACAGCUCGAGCGCGAAGAGCUGAAGAAACGCGGGUGGGCGAUGGGAUGGUGGGCCAUGCGAGGAGCGUUCUACGAGAACGUCACGAAAGGUUGGAUCCAGGGUUUCGCGAAUGGGCUGAAGAAUAAGCCGUUGCUGGAUGUGGUUGGCAAUAUUGUGGAGGACUAUGACUUCCUUUGGGAUCGGUAUUACUUUCCAACAGCGACGUUGUAAUGAUGAAGAUGAA